AUGGACAUCUUAAGUUACCUCCGACUCUUUCUGCCUUCCUCUUUUUCUCGCCUGCUCCUUUCCCUCUCCACUCGAAAUCUUUUCUUUAUACAAACAAUUUCUGUAACCACUCCCCUCUCUCUCUCUCUCUCUCUCUCUCUCUCUCUCUCUCUCUCUCGUGCAUACAUACAUAAAUACUCGUUAUCUAUUUGUUUUUGUUUUUUUUUCAUCUUGUGGAUGUGCGGAUUACUCUCUCUCUCUCUCUCUCUCUCUCUCUCUGGAUUGUUAAAAGCCUUCGAACAGAAUGAUCUUUGCAACACAGCGCGAAGAGAUUGUCGUUGUUGGCGAGGUUCAUGUAAUGAUCUGUCUGUCUUUUGCAAACUCAUCCUCUCACUUGUUCAGUGUUUCAAAUGGAGCUCAACUCACCCACGUAGAGCCCACUUGUUGCUCUUCCUCCGUAAUUCAGCGAGCAGAACCGCCCAGGGCAGACUUAUUUAUUUGGAAAGUAAUUUCUAUCUAAUUAAUAAUCACUGUUUUUCCAUUUCUGUCCAAUUCCACCUCCUUUCUUUCCUCUCUUUCUUUCUUUUUCUGUCUAUCAAUCUGUCUGUGUGUGUCUCACAUAAUCACCGUGUUUCCAUUUCUAGCCAAUCCUUCCUUCCUUCCUUCCUUCCUUCCUUCCUUCCUUCCUUCUCUCUAAUAAUCAUUUUUUUCCAUUUCUGGCCAAUUCCCCCACCUUUCUUUUUUGUCUGUCUAUUUGUCUGUCUGUCUGUCUCUCUCUCCCUCUCCUCCCUCUCUCUCUCUCUAAUAAUCUUUUUUUUUUCCAUUUCUGGCCAAUUCCCCCACCUUUCUUUCUUUCUUUCUUUCUUUCUUUCUUUCUUUCUUUCUUUCUUUCUUUCUUUCACUCUCUCUAAUACUUUUUCUAUUUCUAAGCAAUUCCCCCACCUUUCUUUGUCUGUCUGUCUCUCUCUGUCUCUGUCUCUGUCUGUCUGUCUGUCUGUCUGUCUGUCUGUCUCUCUCUCUCUCUCUCUCUCUCUCUCUCUCUCUCUCUAUCUUUUGCGUCAGGAGUUGUCACGACAAAGCUCGGCUCAACUCAUUCGUCGACGCAGUUUCAUACUUUUUGCAUUCAAAAGAUUGCAGUCGAUUUUUCUUAACCCUUCGGCGAUUGAUUUUGAGGAGAGACGGAGAGAUGGAGAGCGAGGGCAAAGGGUUGGGUCGGGGGAGAAAAACGACUUCUGA